GCAUAGCACACGCUUCUGGCCAAUAUAAAAACACGCGAACCGUGACGUUUUUCUUGCCACGUAACCAGCUAUAACUUCCAGUAUUUCUCCACCAGAGAUGUUACUUCCUUUUGGAGGCUUCACAAAAAAUUGGUCAACUACUGGCAUCGAGGCACAUUCUUGUAUCGGCGAGGCACAUUCUUGUAUCGGCGAGGCACAUUCUUGUAUCGGCGAGACACAUUCGUGUAUCGGCGAUGAUUGUACUUCAGAAAUAAAGUUUGCCAAAUUGAAUUCAUUAUUAUUCUCUAGUGAAUUAUUAUCCUCUGUGGUAAAAUCUUGGAUUUCAAUUUUGCACUGUUGUACAGAUGUGGAAGAACGACUUAUAUUUUCAAGAGCUGCAUCACUAUUUAGUAGUUUACAAGGCACAGCUCCUAAUUUAAGACUCGGUCUUUCUUUUGGCAUUAUAAAAAUAUUUUUAUUAUUCAAUUCAGUAACACAGUACCUCUCAAUGUCCUCUUCUCUAAAGUGUAACUCACAAACAUGACUGGAUAAUAAUGGUUUUCUUUUGAAACGUUGGAUUACUUGCUGCCACUUCAG